AGCAACGCAGCCUCCGCUCCUAACUUCAAACUAAACGGUUAUUUAACAGAACAUAUUUAAAUGAAUCAGGAAUUAUAAUUAAGAAGGAUCCAGAAUUGAUGGUAGCAAGAUCCAAAUUUGUCCUUUGAGAAAUCAAUGGCAGCAUCUUCAUCUUCGAAAAUUUUAGCCGAGAAGGUGACGACCGCCGUACGCCGUCAAGCCCUAACCGUAACGGAAGCUGCAGCUUCCAGAAUUCGCCAACUCUUGCAGCAGCGACAGCGCUCUUAUCUCCGCCUCGGCGUCAAAGCUCGCGGCUGCAACGGUUUAUCCUACACGCUUAAUUAUGCAGAUGAAAAAGCGAAGUUUGAUGAGUUGGUUGAGGACAAAGGUGUAAAGAUACUGAUCGAUCCAAAGGCAUUGAUGCAUGUUAUUGGAACCAAGAUGGAUUUUGUAGAUGACAAACUCAGAUCUGAGUUCAUUUUUAUCAACCCAAACUCAAAAGGACAGUGUGGUUGUGGAGAGUCCUUUAUGACAAGAAGUAGUGCAGCCAAGUGAGGUCGUAGUUAAGGGUUAUAACAACCCUAAUGAUACCUGAUUCUUUUUUAUUUUUUUGUGUAAUCUCAUGUAUUUGAUGCCUGUAAAGACAACAUUGAUUAUCAUCUUCGAACAAUUCCAGAAAGCCGUGGUGCAUCGCCAACAGUGAUUUUACUGCAAGUACCCUUCUUGCCUUUAACAAAUACCAGAAUCUCACACAUUUUUAAACAUAUAUUCAAUUUUGAUCAAAAUAUUUUGGAUA